AUGGAGGAAAAACUCUCAGAAUUAAAGCUCUAGGUUGAUCAGCUGACUGAAGAAGCAGAAUAUGAUUUUCAAAAAGGAGAACAUUAUAAACCUUAAGUUACAUAGAUAAUUAAACAAAUUGACUCCUUGAUUGAGAACGAAGAUUUAGAAAGUAAUUUGAAUAUUAAAAUUCUUUAGUCUCAAAAAAGCAUAAAAUAGAGCUAUAUUUUUUGAAAGGAAAGGCUUCUGACAUUCUACCUGAUUAUUCAAAAUUUGCUGAGGAAGCACUUACAAAAGCAGUAAAAUUAAUUCAAAAUCAAUUUUUUAGAUGAAAUUAAAUCCUUUUCACAUAGACAGCUUAAAUACACUAGGACAUAUAUUGUGGAAGAAAAAGGAUUUUGUAGCUGCAAAGUAAUGUUUUGAAACUGCAAUUGAAAAAGAUCCAAAUAAUAUCAAGUCAUUGCAAUAUUUGUCUAUAGUUUUGAGGUAAGUUGGAGAUUAGAAGGAUAAGAGUUAAAAUGUGACAAAAUCGUUGGAAAUUGCAAAGAAAGCUUUGACAUUCGAUUUAAAAAAUGCUCAAUCAUGGUAUUUAGUUGGAAAUGCAUACCUUUCUGAUUAUUUUAUGAAUCCGAAGAAAAAUAAUAAUGAAUUAAAUUUGGCCUUGUCCGCAUACAACUAGUCUGAAAAGAAUUAAAAUAGAGAAAAUCCAGAUUUAUAUUUCAAUAGAGGAAAUGUAUUUUGUAUCAUUUAAAUUUAGAUUCAUUGCUAUUUUGAGGAUUAUUAAUUAGCCUUUAAUGAUUACAUUAAGGCAAACAAGAUUGAUCAAUCAUUAACAAAUGAUACAUUAAAGUAAGUGCAAUAGAAGGUGCUAAAAGUCUAUGAUUUGGUCACUAACAAAUGCAGAAUUACAUAGAAAAAGUUGUAGAACAUAGUAAAAUAGAUUCCAAUAGGUUUGAGAGAAUAACCAAAAGGAUUUGAUCAUCCACUUUAAAUGUGUACUAUAGGAGAUUUGAAAGAUGGAAUAAAUAAAGGGUUGAUUUUAGCGAGUAAAAGUUUGGUAAGUUACACAGAGUAAAAUACAGUGCCUGCUGGAUUUGUGAUAGUUGAUAGUAAAUUGAGCUUUGCUAGUUUAUCAAUUUAUAAUGCUUCUUAAGAGAUUUAUGAGAAAAUCAGAGAUUUAACAGAUGUGUUUAUAAUAGAGCCAGAAGUAAAAUAAAUAAAUUGUGAGAUUGAAGGGAAAGUAAUAAAUAUAGAGAUUAUAAUAGCAAAUAUCUUAUAUGUGUAUAUAGGUAAAGGAUGCAAAUAAGAUUUAUGUUGAGAAUGAGAAAAUAGUGAAUCAACUAGCGCAUUCAAUGGUUGUUAAUUAAACAUUUGAGAAAUGA